GACUGAAUUCUAAAUUAUUGACAAAAAAGUUUAAAUUUAGCUUUUAAUUAAAUUUUUAAAAAAUAAUUUAGGCAUUGUACCAAAUAGGGAAUGUUUUGUCCUAUUGAAUUCGAUAUUACCAAUCAAAACUCUCAAGUCUCGACUCAUUGUCUUCUCCUAUAAGUCCUAGCUUAGCUUUCUCUUACUCUAUACUCUUAAAUCUUACAAGUUUCUUGCUUUCUUCUUCCAAUCCCCAACAAUGGCAGAACUGGAAACACAUAAACAAGAAGGUCAUGAACAUGAACAACAUGUAAUAAUAACAUCACAACAAACACAUACAAAUCUUCAUCAACAAACCCCUGUAAACAAUCAAAAUCAAAUAUACCAACCUCCGUUUUAUUCUCCUUCUCUCUCUUUUGACCAAUCCCAAAAGUCUCCUCCCCCACCCGAUUCACCCAACUCUUCAAUUUCUUCUGAUCACAUCAAAGAAAACCCCAACUCUCGUUCUCCAUCUCUAUCUCCACUCCAUUCUGUUCAGUCCAUUGUCGCUGUUCCUGCAACUAACCGCCAUGUUCAUGACCAACCUGAGGUAGUUACCAAGAGUGAACCCGAUUCUGAGGUGGGUCAACCGCAUAAGCUUCCGGGUCGGGCUCCCCGGGUGAAAAAAGCUGGAGUAGUGAAAAGGGUAGGUUUAGUUUUGCGGUUUAUUGAGUUUGUGGUAUGUUUGGCUUCUUUCUCCGUUAUGGCUGCUGAUAAGAAUCGUGGUUGGGCUCUUGAUUCCUUUUAUCACUAUAUUGAGUUCAGGUAUGCAAUGACCAUAAAUGUAAUAGGGUUUGCUUACUCAGGUUUGCAAGGACUUCAUUUGCUUCAUCAAUUGACUACUGGAAAGAAUCUUGUUGGUACCCGGGUUCGCCAUUCCUUUGACUUUGCUAUUGAUCAGAUAUUGGCAUACCUUCUAGUCUCAGCGUCAUCAUCAGCUUUUACGCGAGUGGAUGACUGGAUAUCCAACUGGGGCAACGACAAAUUCCCCACGAUGGCAAGCGCAUCAGUCGGAGUAUCUUUUGUUGCUUUUGCUGCCUUUGCUUUGAGCUCGCUCAUUUCAGGCUAUAUACUUUGUACUCGUAAUCGUACUUGAUAAAAAGCCUUUACGUAUUGUAAGUUGACAUGAAUCCAAUAUACUUUUCUUUUGUGUACAUUCUUGUUCUUGUCAUAGGCGAGGUUUUCUGCUAACUAAUUAUACUCAUUUAGUUUCGUAUUCUUCGUUCUGUACUUCUGAAAGCUCAAAUUUAUAGCUUUACUCUAUGAUAAAGCGAAACUUGUUUUCGAGAUCGGAUGUGUUGCAUCCUCCGUUUGCUGAUAAUAGAAAGGAAAAUUAGCAAUGUUAUAUUAUUUGCUUGUUUGUUUAGAUUCAUAUUUAUGAUGGGUUGUAAAUGACAUGUAAAAAUACAUGGGAAACUAUCACAUACAUAUAUUUUU